AAUUCACUCAUUUGAGAAUUUGCAUGCCGCUAUACAGCUGGGUUACAGCAUUCUCUCAAGUUAUUGGUAAAGUUCAGUGAAGGUACCACUUUUGUAUUUUUAAACGGACAGGGGGGGAAAAAAAAGUUUAAUGUCAGACAAUAAAGUUGUGUAUGGUAUGCAUAUUGAUAGAGUUGUGGAAAAGACGAGUUCAAACAUGCACAUAAGAAGGCUCAAACUUUUCUAAGAAUUUCAGACACAUUGUGAGCAUGCGCUGCGUGUAGAAGCUCCAAAUUCAAACGGGCAGGCUUUAUUUUUAAACACUGAUAAGCAUAUUAUUAUAAGAAUAACAUCAGGGGAAUGAUGGUGGACAGGGGUCCUUUGUUAACAUCAGCUAUUAUUUUUUACCUGUCCAUCGGGGCGGCAAUUUUUCAAGUUCUUGAAGAGCCAAAUUGGAAGAGUGCUUUUGCGGACUACAAAUCGAAAAAGACUCAAAUACUGAAGGAUUACCCCUGUCUCAAAAAACAGGACCUGGAAAAAAUACUCGAGGUGGUGUCUAGUGCUGCUGGACAGGGAAUCACCAUCACAGGGAACAAGACCUUCAAUAAUUGGAACUGGCCCAAUGCUGUCAUUUUUGCUGCAACAGUCAUCACUACAAUAGGUUAUGGGAACAUUGCUCCCAAGACCUCCUCAGGCAGGGUGUUCUGUAUAUUCUAUGGACUCUUUGGAGUCCCUCUCUGCCUCACAUGGAUCAGUGCUCUGGGCAAGUUCUUCAGUGGACGUGCCAAGCACUUGGGACAAUUUCUAACCAAGAGAGGGGUUAGCUUGAGGAAGGCCCAGUUCACCUGCACAGCUAUAUUUGUCAUCUGGGGGGUACUGGUGCACCUGGUCAUGCCCCCAUUUGUGUUCAUGGUGACGGAGGGCUGGUCCUACAUUGAGGGUCUUUACUUCUCCUUCGUCACCAUCUCCACCAUAGGCUUUGGGGAUCUGGUUGCAGGGGUUGAUCCGAAUGCAGACUACUACGCCAUGUACCGCUUCUUUGUGGAGCUGUGGAUCUACCUGGGAUUGGCCUGGCUUUCCCUCUUCAUCAACUGGAAAGUCAGCAUGUUUGUGGCGGUCCACAGGGCCUUGAAGAAGAGGAGGAAACGGCGCAGAGAGUCUCUGAAAGACCAGCAUCACCACCACAAGAGCAAGACGGCCCUGUCCACAGCCAAAACCACAGCCACUAACACAACCAGCAACACCACCACUGGUGAUAUCAACAUUUUCAACUUCCUCUCCAAAAAGCAGGUGAGUUAUAACGAUUUGAUCAAGCAGAUUGGCACCACGAACGGUACAGCUGUGCGCAGCGGUAGCACCCACAACAACAAAAUCCUGAGCUUUGAAAGGUCUCCCCGGCUGAAGAGGAGUCACAGCCAAGGCGACAUGGAGAUGUACUCCAUGAACAAGGGCUUCAUGUAUGAUAGGCCUUCUAUCCUGCAAGCUAUGAGCGAGAAGGAAGAACUGGAACUGGAAAUAUUUGAGAACCAGCUAGACAAAGAUGAAAGGGAGAAUGGGGGCCGAUGGGACCCCAAGGGGUACCAGUCUUUCAUUUUCCAGAACGCCAACAUCACCUUCAUUGAUGAGGAGAACCUGAUGGAAGCGGAGAGUAAGGAAAAGUUCUCGCUGGAUGACAAUGUGGAGUCGUAGCUGGAGUCCAAGGAAGAGGAGGAGAGAAAUUCAGAAUCCGAAGGGUCCUUCACCACGGACAAUGCUGAGAACUUCCUGUCCUAUGAACAACAGGUUGGGGACAGGUUGGAUGUCCGAGUCGGCAACACAGAUGUUUAAAACAAUAUUGGAGACCAAAAAUGAACGUUAUUGGCUAAAAAUGCUAUGUCUGCAUUCAGCAUGCUUCAAGAGCUCACAAAAAUCAACAGCCGCUUUAUUACAAGCACACAAAGGAUUGGCCAUGGGUCAGCUGUGGCACAUCUGCUUGGAGAUCCAGCUCUUGUUUCUUGAAGGCAGCUCAUGUAAAAAACUUGUCCAUGCCACUCAAACUGUGAACAUGUAACCCAUAAGAGACCUGUGAAAUAAUGGCUGCAAUGCACAUUUCUUAUACCGACUAAAACCAGGACCUACACCCUUUUGCUUUCAGAAAGGGGAUCAAAGAGAAUUCUGAAUUCUCAAAGUAUCAGACCCAGUUCAGAGCUUUUAGGUAUGAUUUAAUCGUAUUUAUGAACAUGUGUAUGUUCUUUUUCAUGUCAGUCUGAAGUACUGCAAGCUUUUUCCAAGACCCAAUCAUUCAGAAAAAAAAAAAAGUAAACUAAAACAAAUCAAUUGUACCCAUCUCAGUGUUCUCAUCUAAAGCAGACAGUCAUGGGAUAAAGACAUUGUUGUCUUCUUUUAGUGAUCCUGAACUACAGUGCUGCCAAAAUAGAGAAAAUAUUUCAAAACAGAACCUGUGCAAUGAGCAGUGAUCACUAAUCUGCUGGCAGAUUCACCCCCUUCACUUUCAUUGAACUAUAU